AUGGAAGGUACCUCCUCCGCUCCCUCCGCGCCCGCCGUAGAAGAAGGAGAACGGGCGGCGCCGCGGAUGAAGUACCGGGGCGUGAGGCGGCGGCCGUGGGGCAAAUGGGUGGCGGAGAUCCGCGACCCGCACAAGGCCGCCCGCGUGUGGCUCGGCACCUUCGCGACGGCGGAGGACGCGGCGCGCGCGUACGACAGGGCCGCGCUCCGCUUCCGCGGCAGCAGGGCCAAGCUCAACUUCCCCGAGGACGUCCGCAUCCGUCCGCCUUCUUCCUCCUCCGCUUCCGCUGCCGCCGCUGCUGAUCCCCCGAUGCCGGGUGCGGCCGCAGCGAGCGACUACUUGGCCUACUCGCGGCUGCUGCUGGGCGCACCGGAGGACCUUCUAGAUCAACUUGGCGCCUACGACGCCCGCGCGUCUCCGGCGAUCCAGGCCGGCGGCAGUUCCAUGCCUUUGCGCUCGUUUCCUGUCUCCUCUGUUUCGUCUUCCACUCGUACUCCUUUCUACUCUCGGAGCGAAGCAACUGAGCUGCAGAUAAUAAACUGGGGAGGAGGAGGAGGGGCAGAGGAGUCUUCGGAGAUUUGGACGAACUCAAUCGAGUUUCCUCCGCCGUCUUCCUCGAGUGGGCAAUAA